AUGCCCCUGGAGUCUGUGCCCCUGCAUCCGUGCCCCUGCAUCCGUGCCCCUGGAGUCUGUGACCCUGCAAUCCAUGCCCGUGCAGGUCAGCCCCCUGCAGGCUGUGACCGUGGAGUCUGUGCCCCUGCAUCCGUGUCCCUGGAAUCUGUGACCCUACAAUCCGUGCCCCUGCAAGCCAUGACCCUAGAGUCCAUGCCCCUGCAGGCCAUGCUCCUGCAGUUGUACAAUGCACAUCAACAUAUGCAAUGGCCCAACAGGAUGUUUCUGUUGGUGGGAGCUCCCAAGGCCAACACUACCCAGCCUGGGAUUGUGGAAGGAGGGCAAGUCCUAAAGUGUGACUGGUCUCCCACUCGCCGGUGCCAGCCGAUUGAAUUUGAUGCAGCAGGCAAUAGAGAUUAUGCCAAGGAUGAUCCUUUGGAGUUUAAGUCCCACCAGUGGUUUGGAGCAUCUGUGAGGUCAAAACAGGAUAAAAUUUUGUCGGGUCCAGAAAAUAUUGAUGCUGAUGGACAGGGAUUUUGUCAAGGAGGAUUCAGCAUUGAUUUUACUAAAGCUGAUCGAGUACUUCUUGGUGGUCCUGGUAGCUUUUAUUGGCAAGUCGUUCUUGGAGGCCUAAUUAAGUUACCAUUGAACAACUGUACAACAGAUCAUUAUUGCCAACAGUUUGAAAACAGAAAAGGUUACCCAACAGUAAUGCUGAAGGUAGUUACUCCUUGCCCUAAUGGUGUUUUACCUUUCUUUUCCCAUUUAGGUUACUCAGUGGCUGUAGGAGAUUUCAAUGGUGAUGGCGUAGAUGAUUUUGUUUCAGGAGUUCCAAGAGCAGCAAGGACUUUGGGAAUGGUUUAUAUUUAUGAUGGGAAGAACAUGUCCUCCUUAUACAAUUUUACUGGUGAGCAGAUGGCUGCCUAUUUUGGAUUUUCUGUAGCUGCCACUGACAUUGAUGGGGAUGAUUAUGCAGAUGUGUUCAUUGGAGCACCUUUGUUCAUGGAUCGUGGCUCUGAUGGCAAACUCCAAGAGGUGGGGCAGGUCUCAGUGUCUCUGCAAAGAGCUUCUGGAGACUUCCAGACGACAAAGCUGAAUGGGUUUGAGGUCUUUGCACGGUUCGGCAGUGCCAUAGCUCCUUUGGGAGAUCUGGACCAGGACGGCUUCAAUGAUAUUGCAAUUGCUGCUCCAUAUGGGGGUGAAGAUAAAAAAGGAAUUGUAUAUAUCUUUAAUGGAAGGUCAACAGGCUUGAACGCAGCACCAUCUCAAAUCCUGGAAGGGCAGUGGGCUGCUCGAAGCAUGCCCCCCAGCUUCGGCUACUCAAUGAAAGGCGCGACAGACAUAGACAAGAACGGAUACCCAGACUUACUUGUAGGCGCUUUUGGUGUAGACCGAGCCGUCUUGUAUAGGGCCAGGCCAGUGAUCACCGUAAAUGCUGGCCUUGAAGUAUACCCUAGCAUUUUAAAUCAAGACAAUAAGACCUGCCCACUGCCGGGGACAGCUCUCAAAGUUUCCUGUUUUAAUGUCAGGUUCUGCUUAAAGGCGGAUGGCAAAGGGGCACUUCCCAGGAAACUUAACUUCCAGGUGGAGCUUCUUUUGGAUAAACUCAAGCAAAAGGGAGCAAUUCGACGAGCACUGUUUCUCCAUAACAGGUCCCCAGGUCACUCCAAGAACAUGACUAUUUCAAGGGGGGGACGGAUGCAGUGUGAGGAACUGAUAGCAUAUCUGCGGGAUGAAUCUGAAUUCAGAGACAAACUCACUCCAAUUACGAUUUUUAUGGAGUAUCGGUUGGAUUAUAGAACAGCUGCUGAUACCACAGGCUUGCAGCCCAUUCUGAACCAGUUCACGCCUGCCAACGUUAGCCGACAGGCUCAUAUCCUGCUUGACUGUGGUGAAGACAAUGUUUGUAAACCCAAGCUGGAAGUUUCUGUAGAUAGUGAUCAGAAGAAGAUCUACAUUGGGGACGACAACCCCCUGACGUUGCUUGUUAUGGCCCAGAAUCAAGGAGAAGGUGCCUACGAAGCCGAGCUCAUCGUUUCCAUACCACCACAGGCUGAUUUCAUCGGGGUUGUGCGAAACAGUGAAGCCUUGGCAAGACUUUCCUGUGCAUUUAAGACAGAAAACCAAACCCGCCAGGUGGUGUGUGACCUUGGAAACCCAAUGAAGGCUGGAACUCAACUCUUAGCUGGUCUUCGUUUCAGUGUUCACCAGCAAUCAGAGAUGGAUACUUCUGUGAAAUUCGAUUUACAAAUUCAAAGCUCUAAUCUUUUUGACAAAGUAAGCCCACUUGUCUCUUACAAAGCUGAUCUUGCGGUUUUAGCUGCUGUGGAGAUAAGAGGAGUCUCAAGUCCUGAUCAUAUCUUUCUUCCGAUUCCAAAUUGGGAGUACAAGGAGAACCCAGAGACUGAAGAAGAUGUGGGGCCAGUUGUUCAGCACAUCUAUGAGCUGAGAAACAAUGGUCCAAGUUCAUUCAGCAAGGCAAUGCUACAUCUUCAGUGGCCUUACAAAUACAACAAUAACACUUUAUUGUACAUCCUUCAUUAUGAUAUUGAUGGGCCAAUGAACUGCACUUCAGACAUGGAGAUCAACCCUUUGAGGAUUAAGAUCUCAUCUUUGCAAACAACUGAAAAGAAUGACACGAAUGCUGGGCAAGGUGACCGAAGCCAUCUCAUCACCAAGCGGGAUCUCGCCCCCAGCGAAGGUGAUAUUCACACUUUGGGCUGUGGAAUCGCUCAGUGCUUGAAGAUUGUCUGCCAGGUGGGGCGAUUAGAUAGAGGAAAGAGUGCUAUCCUGUAUGUAAAGUCUCUACUGUGGACGGAGACCUUUAUGAAUAAGGAAAACCAGAAUCAUUCAUACUCUCUGAAGUCAUCUGCUUUAUUUAAUGUCAUAGAGUUUCCAUAUAAGAACCUUCCAAUUGAGGAUAUUGGCAACUCCACAUUUGUUAUGACUAAUGUCACCUGGGGCAUUCAGCCAGCACCCAUGCCUGUGCCCGUGUGGGUGAUAAUUCUAGCAGUGCUAGCAGGAUUGUUGUUACUGGCUGUUUUGGUAUUUGUAAUGUACAGGAUGGGCUUUUUUAAACGUGUCCGGCCACCUCAAGAAGAACAAGAGAGGGAACAGCUUCAACCUCAAGAAAAUGGUGAAGGAAACUCAGAAACUUAACUGAUUUGAUGGCACCUCCUGACUCAUCAGAAUUACCAGCUUCAUUGUAGAUUUAAAUCUCCUUCAUGAGGAAUAAAAUUUCCAGACCGUACUGCUGAUCGUGCCCAUUGGCAUAAACCACAAAAUGAGAACAAUAUUUGUCAGUUUUCUCAUUAGAAAUAUGUUCAGAUACACUUUUAAUACACAUACAGUAACCUGCAUUUUUAGGUAUUUAAUAAUAAAAUUUUAAGAGAUAGUUCUUUUUCAGUGUACAUAAGACAGGUAGUACCUCAGAUACUACUCAAAAUAGUACCUCCUACAAUUACUGUUUCUGAUUUAGGAUGUUGGAUUUUGCUGUUGUUGUUUUAAGCAACCCAAAUUUGGACAUAAGCAUCCACAUCUUUUGUGCAAGUAGUUACUAUACAUUACACUACAGUUGAUUUUUCAAACUACUAAAGAUUUUAUAACUGCAUGAACUUGAAUUUGAAUAUCACCUGUAAGAGAGAACUUUAGUAAAAAAAAAAAAAAAUACAUGAUACUAUCAGAAUUCUUGCCUGUAAUAGCAAAGGUAGAAUAUUUUGUUUUAAUAUGAAAAU